AAAUAUAUAUAGUCACGCCUCUGUGCAAGCCCUUAUACAAAGGUUUAGAUAGAGAAAGGGUUACCAUUUAGAGAGAGAGUGAGAAAUUAGGGUUUUGGGAGAAAAAUGGCGGACGGCGAUCUGAAGAAGGGGUGUGUGAAGUGGUUCAACGAUCAGAAAGGCUUCGGCUUCAUCACCCCCGACGACGGCAGCGAGGAUCUGUUCGUCCACCAAUCCGCCAUCAAAUCCGACGGAUUCCGCAGCCUCGGCGACGGCGAGGUUGUGGAGUACACGGUCGAGAUCGGCAACGACGGACGCGCCAAGGCGGCCAACGUGACCGGACCUGACGGCGUAUCUGUGCAGGGCAGCACCCGCGGCGGAGGCGGCGGGGGCGGCGGAGGAGGAUCCUACGGUGGAAGAGGCGGCGGAGGCGGUUACAACGGAGGAGGAAGCAGAGGCGGCAGCCGUGGUUACGGAGGAGGUGGUAGCUACGGCGGCGGCGGUAGCUACGGAGGAAGCGGUGGCUAUGGAGGCGGCGGCGGCGGCUACGGAGGAGGCGGUGGUGGUUACGGAGGAGGCGGCGGCGGAAGCGGCUGCUUCAAGUGCGGUGAGAACGGUCAUAUGGCGAGGGAGUGCCCGACCGGAGGUGGCGGUGGAGGAGGUGGCCGGUACAGCGGCGGCGGUGGUGGAGGUGGCGGCGGCGGAGGCGGCUGCUAUAACUGCGGUGAGGAUGGACAUUUUGCCCGCGAGUGCCCUAACAACAAUCGUUAGAUCUGCUUCUCCGUAGCCUAUUUCCAAGCUUGGUUUAUUUUACUUUUUUUUGUCUGAUCUAGGGUUUCUUAUAUGGUGAUGGUAUUAAAAAAAAUCUAAGAAUGAUGUUUGUUCUGGUGUGAGCAAGACGCUUUUGGGUUUCUCGACUGUCUGCUCCCCAGAUUUCUCUCUGGUUAGGGUUUGAAAUAUUUUGAAUGCGAUGUUGGUUUUAUGUUAUAUUUUUGUCCACAAAUGUAUACAUGCGUACAUGUAUAAACAUAUGUUGGUUGGCAAUUUAUCGAAUCAAUUGAGUGCUUGGGUUCA